ACACACACACACACACACACACACACACACACACACACACACACACACACCAUUCUACUUCCUCCCCUUAAUGUUUUGAAAAGAAUGAAAGAAAAUUGAAACAAAAUUUUGAAAAAUGUGAACAAAUUCACAGCUUGGAUUCAGGAGUGUUUAUAUUUUAAUUCACUUGUUGCUGCUGAAGUAACUGUUUAAACUAGAAUGCUUGUUUUUUUAGGGAAAAAAUUUAAUAAUUAAAAAAAACUGAAGUGAAUAAAACUAACUGUAAGUUUAACCGUUUCAUACAAGAUGGAUGAGUAGAAGUUUGGUUGCAAACCAGUUAAUCCAAAAAUGUCCUAUGAGAUUUGUUAGUAUGUUUAUGAAAGUAAAGUGACAUUAAUGCAUUUUCUCAUUAAAAUAAUACUUAUAAGUCAAACACCUAUCCAACAGUUGUAAAUCAGGCUUUUGGAUUAUUUUUUGACACAUUUAUUGCACCUUUUAGUCACUGGUUAAAAAAAAGAAGAAAAAAAUCACCACAUGAAACAUGUCAAACUGUCCAAACAAAUGACAGCUUGUAACAGGACUACAGCAGGAGGAGGAGAUUAUCUAUUCCCAGUUCAGACUACUCAUCCGUGUCCAGAUGUGUGCUCAACUCCGAGCUGAAGCUCUGACCACACAGCUGCACACGGUCUGCUUUUUCUCCUUUUUCCUUUUUGCUUGAUUUACAUCCAUUUGCCUGUCGUGUUCUCUAAACUUGAUUUUGUUUUAAAUGUUGUCCAUUGCCCUUUAAGAGAAAGGGUUGUUUGUUUCCCCACCUCACUCCCAUGUUAUUGGGUCGACACCAGCAGUUGGCUGCUUACAAUCAGAAGGCUGAAGAGGAGCACCACAUCUGGAAUUAUUCAAUCUGUUUGUUUUUUUGUCACCAGUUUAAGACUUAACAAGCUCUGAACUCAUCACAACAUCAACAAGCUGCUGAGAAACUACUGGAUGUUCUGCCACAACAUCCUGGGAGCUGCACAGUGACCAUAUCUUUAGCCUUGAGCAUUGUAACCAUACUGGGGGCAUGUUGGACUCUCCUCCACCUCCUGGGAGACCUCCACAUGACUUCAGACAUGUACGACUACGAAUUCAGCUACAAUGAAACAAGCACAGACACACAGUGGGCCUCAUAUUAUAAUGCGCUGGGUGUGACCAUAGAAUCCAUCUUCCUGAUCCACAGUUUAGUCGGUGCAAUUAUUUUUAUCGUCAUGUCGGUGUUUGCAGGAGCUGCGCUGCGCUCCACAAACUCUCAGGCUGUUGUAAUGAUAAAUAUGACAGCAACCGAAUCACCAGCUGAAUGACGAGCGCAAGAAGAGGAUCUAAAAUUAAACUGUAAGAAAAAAAAACUUGUGUCAUUUUGAGAUUUCUUCACCUGAACCAGUUUUCUGCUUUGUGGUUGUGAACAAUGGUGCACAACGAAUGCAACUACAGUUUAAGUGUACAGUUGGUGUUUCUGGACUCAUUUAAGCUCUUAACCAUUUUCAUGUCUGCACUCAGAAUCAAACAAAACUACUAACGUUCCUCACAGCACAUGUAGUUAACUGCUCUGCAGUCUGAAGUUAAACAACCUUUGUCCUUUUUAUGUUUGCACUACGUUUAAAGCAGCCCCAUUGUAGAAAACAGUGACACUGGCUCUUUAUAAAGUGAACAGGAAUCAUAAGCAUUUUACUUCAUUGUUAACCAGUAGUAACAACAUUUGUAGUUCACAGAUAUUAUGCAGACAUGUAUUUGUUGUUGUUGCUGCUAUUCCUUGUAUUUUAAAUUUUUGAUUAAAAACAAUUGCAAAAAAAUUGCUGUAUUCUAUGAUUUUUUGUAAUAAAAUAAAUAAAUAUCCCAAAUAUUCAAGUGAGAUAAAAAUGAAAA